AUGAAUGUCGCCUCGUACAAGCCGGCCUUCGCGGCCAUCGGCGAUGACGCGGUUUUCUUCAGUCUCGGGUCCAGCAACAAGAUUCUCUUCCUCGGCGCCGCCGACGGGGUCUCCGGCCACCGGCAGAACAACCACGACCCGUCCCUUUUCUCCUGGAAGCUCGUGCGCGAGCUCAAGCGCCGGGCGGCGCACAUCUCGGCCCUCUCAGCACCGGCCAUGUCGCGCCUGGUGGCCGAGAGCCACAUGGCGGCCAUCAGCGACCCGGGCUACUUCCCCGACGGCUACGUCAGCAGUUCGACGCUCGCCCUCUCCGGCAUCGACCUCUCCAAUCGCCGGGUGUACUCCUAUAACCUCGGCGACUCCGGGACACUGAUCUUCGACCGGUAUUCGAAGCUGGUUUUCCAAUCGACCACCCAGUCGCACGCGGCCAACUUCCCCUUCCAGCUGGGGGUCCCGCCGCAGAUGUUCGACAGCACGGACUCCGGCUGCAUCGAGACCUCCCCCGUCCUUGAGCCCUUCUCCCUGAUCCUCACGGCCAGCGACGGCCUGAUGGACAACAUCAUGGUCUCCUCCCCGGAGCUGGCCACCCCGGUGUACCUGCUGCAUCACACCAUGCGCAGCCUCAUCUCGCGCGGCGCCUUUGCCGAGGCCGAGAAGAGCUUCAAAACCGGCAUCGAGAAUAUCGCCUUCCUGGCGCACGUCUACGCCCACAAGCACAAGCGCAAGAUGGACGACGUGUCCAUCGCCGGUGCCUAUGCCGAGGAUGCCUUCCCGGUGCCGACUCGCCCGGUGCCGGACGCCGCCGGCCGCGGCGCCUCCACAUGCUCCAUCAGUGUGGCCGUGCGCUUCCGGCCGCUGGACCGCGCUCGCGCCGGUGACAACGCCCUGCCCGCCUGGCUGAUCAGCCCCCAGGGCAAGACCGUCCAGGCGGAUCGUGCUGCUGCGGCUGCCGCGGCCGCGGCGACCCCACAGCCGCGCGACAGCCUGGCCCCCGGCGGGCCGACCUUCCACUUCGACCACGUCUUCGACCAUGCCGCCACCAACGAGGCCGUCUUCGACACCUGUGUCCAUCACAUUGUGCAGGCGGCCCUGCGCGGGAUCAAUGGCACCGUCUUCGCAUAUGGCCAGACCGCCUCCGGCAAGACGCACACCAUGUCCGGCAGCGCCGGCGACCCGGGGCUCAUUUCCCGCGCGCUGGAUGCCCUCUUCUCCCUCUCGGCCCAGGACCACACACGCACAUACUCCUUCCGCCUGUCGUACAUGGAGAUCUACAAUGACAACCUGCGGGACUUGCUGCAGCCCGGCUCCGGGACCACCAUGCGCAUCAUCGAGGACGCGCGCGGCGAGGUGCGCGUCCUCGGUCUCAAGGAGGUCCCGGUCGAAGCCCUGGACCAGGUCCAGCCGGUCCUCCGUGCCGGCGAAGCCGAGCGUCACGUCGGCUCGACAAACAUGAACGACCGGAGCAGCCGGUCGCACACCAUCCUCCGCGUGGCGGUGGAGAGCCGACCGGCCGCCUCGCCGGCGCCCGGCCCCGCGGGACCCGGCGCCCCGGCCCUCGGCGCCGUGCGGAUAUCCUGCCUGAACCUGGUGGAUCUGGCCGGGUCGGAGCGCGCGCGCAGCACCGGGGCCGAGGGGCUUCGCCUGCGCGAGGGCGGCGCCAUCAACCGCAGCCUGCUGGCCCUGACGAAUGUCAUCGCCCGGCUGGCGGCCGACCCGACCUCCGAGGCCGGCCAGCACAUUCCCUACCGCGACUCGCGCAUCACGCGCGUGCUGCAGAACUCCCUCGGCGGCAAUGCCCAGACGGUCAUCAUCUGCACCGCCACCCCGGCCCCCGGGGACUUCGAGGAAACCCUCAGCACGCUGAAGUUCGCCUCCCGGGCCAAGGACGUCAAAAACCGCCCGCAGGUCAACGAGGUCCUCCCGGACUCGGUGCUCAUCGAGCAGUACCGCCGGGAGAUCGCCCGGCUGAGUGUCGAACGAGACCAGCUGCUCCGCUGGUCGUCCCUGGGCCCGGGGCCCGAGCCCGGCCCCCUGGCCACGCCCGAGCCCCCCUGCGCUCGGUGCUCUUUGGGGCCGGAGCCGGAGCCCGGGCCGGAGCCGGAGCCGGAGCCGGACCCCGGGCCGCCGGGCCCCGAUGCAAAUCUCCUGCAGCAGCUGGAAAGCCGCCUCCAUGUGGCCGAAGCCCAUACGGCCCAACUGCAGGAGGACCUGCACGUGCGUGGGUCGGCGGUCCGCUCGCUCGAGGCCCAGGUGCUGGCCUUGUCCUCGGAGAGCGCCUCGCUGGGGGAGGAGCUGGCCGGGUUGCAGGCCCGGUCGGCCCUGACGGCCCGGCAGCUGGCCGGCGGCCUGGACCAGCUCAUCCGGCAGCUGGGUGACGGCCUCGAUGCCGGGGCGGGGCCCGCCGAGCAGGCCCCCCCGGGGGAGGCCCCCCGGGCUCCGGGUGACCGGGCGCGUGCCCUGGCCGCCGCGGCCGACGCAUGCCGAUGGCCGGAUGUCCGCCUGUCCGGGCCCUUCGGGCCGGUGGCCGAGCAGCUGGGCAUCCUGGCCGGCCGGCACCGCCAGGCCCUGGCCCAGGGGGCAUGCUGGCUGCAGGCCGCCGACGAGGCGCACCGCGCGGCCACCGCAUCCAAGGCCGAGGCCGCCGCGGCGGCCGCUCGCACCGCCACCCUCGAGGAGGAGGUGGCCCGUGGCCGGCAGCAGGCCGAGCGCCUGGGCGCCGAGGCGGCGGCCGCCGCCCGGCAAGCGGCGCAGCUGGAGCGCGACUGUGCCACGCUGGCCCGCGAGCGGGACCUCCUGGUGGCCGAGCGGGCCACCAUCGUGGCCGAGCAGAAGGCCGGGGCCCGGCACCGGGACCAGCUCCAGGCCGACCUGGCCCAGAGGGCCGCCGAGUGCGAGCGCCUGGCCCGGGAAAACCGCGCCCUCAUGGCCGAGCACCGGGACCUGGCGCAGCGCCUGGCGACGCGGGCCGGCCCGGCGCCCCGGGCCACGGCCGAGCACCCCGCCGGCCAGGCCGCCGAGCAGACCCCCAAGCAGCCGGGCCCGCCGGAGCCGGGCCCGCCGGAGCCGGGCCCCCCCUCGGAGGGGCUCCUCUCGACGCCGCAAUCCGAGCCGCUGGGUCCCGGGGGCUCGUCGCCCGACCAUCCUGCGGCCCCCUUGCCCGGGCCGGGCGCCGGGUCGCCAAGCACCCCCGAGGCGCGGCGCCGGCGGCGCUCCCCCUCGCCCGAUGGCGAGGGCCCCGGUUCGGUGAAGCGGCCGCGGCCGCUGGCCGACCCCGGCCCCGGGGCCGCGAGCGUGCCCGGCCCCGAGGCCGAGCCCCCUCGGCCGGGUGCGGGGCCGCCGGCCGGCUGCCAGCUGGAGGUGCUGGCCGAGCGGGACCGCCUGCGCGCCGAGCUGGCCACCGCACGGGAGCAGCUCCGUGACGCGGAGCGCCGGCUGCGGGAGCUGGCCACGGCCGAGCCCCGGACCCCGGGCCGGGCGGCGGACUGCCCGUCGGGCACCGCACAGCCGUCCGCCCACCCGGCGGCCCCGCACCCGGCCGAGCUGCAUGAUGCCGGGCCUCGGCCCGGGUCGGGGAGCGGCCCGGCCGGGUCGCCGGGGCUGCGCGCCGGCCGGCGCAUCCCCACCGCCUCGGCCUUCCUCCGGCGCUUGGAGUCUGGCCGCGGGCCCGGGCCGGGGUCCGGGGCCGCCGGGGCCGCCGGGGCCGCCGCCGGGUCGCCCACCUCCCCCUCGACGGGGCCGGGCUUGCGGCAGCGCCCCUGGUCGCGGCCAGCGGCCGCCGGGUCGCCGGGCCCGGCGGCCAGGAACCCCACGCUGGCCGCGCUGGCCGGCCACCCGCGUCCCCCCUCGCCCUCGGUGAAGUCGGCCAACCUGAGCGCCGACUCCGAGCAGGUGGCCCAGAUGGCGCUCUCCUCGCUCGGGGAGAUGGAGCAAGUCCCCCAGUGCCAGCAGCAGUGA